AAGCUGAAGAAGAUGUGGAAGAGCCCCAAUGGCACCAUCCGAAACAUCCUGGGGGGGACGGUCUUCCGAGAGCCCAUCAUCUGCAAGAACAUCCCCCGCCUGGUGCCCGGCUGGACCAAGCCCAUCACCAUCGGCAGGGAGGCCCCCCGGGGGCAGUACAAAGCCACCGACUUCGUGGUGGGCAAGUCCGGGACGUUCAAGAUGGUCUUCACGCCGAAGGACGGCAGCGGGGCCAAGGAGUGGGAGGUGUACAACUUCCCCGGCGGCGGUGUGGGCAUGGGCAUGUACAACACGGACGAGUCCAUCUCGGGCUUCGCUCACAGCUGCUUCCAAUAUGCCAUCCAGAAGAAGUGGCCUCUCUACAUGAGCACCAAGAACACCAUCCUCAAGGCCUAUGACGGGCGCUUCAAAGACAUCUUCCAGGAGAUCUUCGAUAAGCACUACAAGACAGAGUUCGACAAGCUCAAGAUCUGGUAUGAGCACCGGCUCAUCGACGACAUGGUCGCCCAGGUGCUGCAGUCC